CAUCUCAUGAUUAGACAACUGGACUGCACAUGACUAACUGAGGUCACAAGGCCUCACCAUCUGAGAGGGAUAUACAUACUCUACCGGAAGAGCUUCAAGACCACCUCACGGGGCCCCAGGGCAGCUGGCCUUCCACCAUGUUGCUCUUUGCUCUGGUCCUGGUAACCCUCAACCCCUGCAUGGCUUUUGAGCACCUGUCCUCACCACCCAUGGUGGACACUGUUCAAGGCAAAGUCCUGGGGAAGUAUGUCAGCUUAGAAGGAUUCGCACAGCCUGUGGCCGUCUUCCUGGGAGUCCCCUUUGCCAAGCCUCCUCUUGGAUCCCUGAGGUUUGCACCACCACAGCCCGCAGAGCCCUGGAGCUUCGUGAAGAAUGCCACCUCCUACCCUCCUAUGUGCUCCCAAAUUACAGGGGUGGGACCAGUGCUCUCUGAUGUCUUCACCAACCAACUAGAAGAUGUUCAUCUUGAGUAUUCUGAAGACUGCCUUUACUUAAAUAUUUACUCCCCUGCUGACUUGACCAGCAAAGGCAAACUGCCGGUGAUGGUGUGGAUCCACGGAGGCGGUUUACUGUCUGGUGGGGCAUCAACUUUUGAUGGACUGGCCCUAUCUACCCAUGAAAACGUGGUGGUGGUGGCCAUUCAGUACCGCCUGGGCAUCUGGGGAUUCCUCAGCACAGGAGAUGAACACAGCAGAGGGAACUGGGGUCACUUCGACCAAGUAGCUGCCCUACAGUGGGUCCAGGACAACAUUGCUAACUUCGGGGGGGACCCAGGCUCUGUGACCCUCUUUGGAGAGUCAGCAGGAGGAGAGAGUGUCUCUGUCCUUGUGCUGUCUCCCCUGACCAAGAACCUCUUCCACAGGGCCAUUUCUGAGAGUGGUGUGGCCCUCACUCCAUGUCUGUUCAGAGAGAAUACCAGGCGUGGGGCUGAGCAAGUCGCCAUUGCUACAGGGUGUGAGGUCACUACAUCAGUCAGUAUAGUUCAGUGUCUGCGUGAGAAGACGGAGGAGGAGCUCUUGGCCACGACACUGAAAAUGAAAUUCUUUGCUCUUGAUUUGCUUGGAGACCCCAGAGAGAGCUACCCCUUCCUGACCACUGUGAUUGAUGGGGUGCUUCUGCCAAAGGCACCGGAAGAGAUCCUGGCUGAGAAGAAUUUCAAUACCGUGCCCUACAUCGUGGGGAUCAACAAGCAAGAGUUUGGCUGGUUUAUUCCCACGAUGAUGGGCUAUCCACUCUCUGAAGGCAAACUGGACCAGAAGACAGCCACAUCUCUUCUAUGGAAGUCCUACCCACUUACUAACAUCUCUAAGGAACUGACUCCAGUGGCCAUUGAGAAAUAUCUGGGAGGAUCAGACUGCCCUGACAAAAAGAAAAGCCUCUUUUUAGACAUGAUGGGAGAUUUGUUAUUUGCUGUGCCAUCUGUGAUUGUGGCCCGCUAUCAUAGAGAUGCUGGAGCCCCCACCUACAUGUAUGAAUUUAAGUAUCGUCCAAGUUUCGUGUCUGACAUGAGACCCAAGAUGGUGAUAGCAGACCACGGUGAUGAAGUGUACUCUGUUUGGGGGAAACCAUUUCUGAAAGAGGGUGCCUCAGAAGAGGAGAUCAACCUCAGCAAGACGAUGAUGAAGCUUUGGGGCAAUUUUGCUCGAAAAGGGAACCCCAAUGGGGAGGGAUUGCCACACUGGCCAGAGUACGACCAGAAGGAAGGGUACUUGCAGAUUGGAGAGACCAUUCAGCAAGCCCGGAAGCUGAAAGACAAUGAAGUGGCUUUCUGGACUGAGCUCCAAGCUAUGAAGGUGGAGGAGCCAUCCAAAGGAGACACGGAGAGAUGAGGAGGAAGCGGUGGAGCCCUGGAAGCUUUUAGCAGCCAGGGCAAGGCUGCUCCACAGCAGGUGUUUGUAAUUCAGAGUUUCCUCAUCACUGAGGCUGGAGAACUGUGUGUCCAGGGUGGGUAGAAACCAUGGGAAAGAA